AUGGCGAGCCCAGAGAACCCUUUUGGUGAUCUUCAUCCGGUUGUUCGCAACGAAGAGGAUGAGAUACGCAAAGGCAUUUUUAGCUUUGCGCUUCGCAAGUUGCACUCCCUAACCCUUGAGGAAAAGCAAGGUUGGUGCGAUGCCAUUGUUGAAUCGACGUCAAAGAAAUCGAAGCAGGUCAAGAAAGUUGGAAAUCAGACAACCGAUAAUGUUGCGAUUGGGAUGGGGAAGGAAGAGCAGACAACGUCGAUGCCUACCUCUGUGGUUGAAUCCCAACUCCAAACAGUAACCAUAGCAUUAGCAGAGGAACCAUCGCGAGGAGCUCCGUCAACGUUAGAAUCCAAUGACGUGGCGUCACCAUCUUUUCUUGGAGAAAAACGUCUUCGCAGUGAGUCUGAAACUAAUAUAGGUUCUCAGACGAUUAGAGAAAGUGAUAACAUUAGUACAGUGGAAAACAAAGCAGGAGCGUUGCAGUCGGUACCUUUGGCAUCAGUGCCGGCGUCUUCGUUCACUUCCGGCGAGCAGGCGAACGAAUUUAUUGGGAGCUACAUGCGCUCCCUGUUGGAUCGUGUGGUGGGGGGUAGCCUUGCUGAUUUGUCCGCCAAUUCACUGCGCGUCCUUUGCAUUAUGGUGGGCAUUCAAACCACAGCCAAGAGCAAAGACGCGCUGUACAACAUGCUCGCUAGUUUCCACUACACAAAUUGUGAAAAGCUAGGGAAGCGGGUGAGCAAAGAUACCUUCCUGCAGAAGGAUUUCCAGCAAACCGCCGAGAUGUUAGCCAAGCUUGGCCCAAAGAGACCCCCUGCCGCGAAGGCGGCCAGUCCCCUCCCCCCCUCUGGGGCCUCCACAAAGACCAAGGGCGGCUCCAAUGGGGUACGGGCCGAGGCCGCCGAGGCCCCUUCCAAACGUGGGAGCGGGCUCCGACCCGGGAGACCCCUUACCGGGACGACGGCCAGCCCUUCCGUGUCCGUUGUCCCAAUCGGACACGGCCGCGGGGGCGACCCCCCGUCCUGUCCCAACCCGACAAAUGGACGCGAAGGAGGGGGUUUCGGCUUCUCCUCCCACACCAGGGCUCCCGAACACGGCCCUACACACGCUGUCACACGUGACACGGACGGCCUCCAUAUCGUGUACCCCAGCUCGGCCUUUGCAGGGGCGUGUCCCACACCGGCCCCUCCCCCUCGCCCUACCAGUCCCCCGUCGGAGGACUGGACCACCGCGGAGUUCGAACGGCGGGUUGCGUCGGUGGUGCAGCUUUGCGACCCCGUCACGGUGGCGAUUGUGGUGCGGAAGUUGGCUCAGAUGGGGUAUCGCGCGGCGGGCGCCGCGGAGGCCGUCGAGGCGGUACUGCGGCGCUUUCAUCAACGGCAGUUUAUCUUUUAUGACAACGGCAUCGCGUAUAUGAUGUAG